ACGUGUCGUUAUCAAUCAGCCGUUAUACAACAACCGGUUCUUGCUCCUCUGUCUUACCUGAUCUGGACUCUACGAGACUCCCUCCCCCCUGAAACGAAACAUCUUCCGACCAACCGAAACACUUGUCUCCGUCCUGCAAGUUUCGCUGCAAUGAGCGAAUCCCCAUUUGAUGAUCCGAUCGAACCGACUUCCUUCGACCUUAUCGUCAUCGGAACCGGCCUCCCGGAGUCAGUAAUCGCUGCAGCAGCCUCCACUUCCGGCAAAACUGUUCUCCAGCUUGACCCUAACGACUCCUACGGCAGCCACUUUGCCUCUCACACACUUGAUGACCUCACUUCCUUCCUGAAUUCACAUGCUGCUCCACCUCCCUCCACCGCCGGCGUUACAACUAGUAGUGGUAGUGAUUACACUACAUUGGAUCUCAACCCCCGUUCGCUGUACUCCCACAUUGAGACUGCCAACUAUGCCCCGGAAAUCCUUGCAGAGCAUUCGAGGAGAUUCCUUAUUGACAUUGGCGGGCCGAGGGUGCUGUUCUGUGCUGACAAGGCCAUUGAGCUUAUAUUGAAGUCGGGUGUGGGGUCGUAUUUGAAUUUCAAGGCUGUUGAUGGGAACUUGAUUUGGGAUGAGAGUAGCCGCGGGUUGUGUAACGUGCCGGACUCAAGAGCAGCGAUAUUUAAAGACAAGGGCAUGAGUCUUAAAGAGAAGAAUCAGUUGAUGAGGUUCUUCAAGCUUGUUCAGCGGCACUUGGCGGCAGCCUCUGAUGGUGAAGAAGAUAAUGAGAGUUCAAAGAUUUCUGAGGAGGAUUUGGAGACCCCAUUUGUUGACUUCUUAACAACACGGCUGCCGCACAAGAUUAAAUCGAUUAUCCUUUAUUCCAUUGCAAUGGUUGAUUAUGAUCAAGACAACUCAAAAGUUUGUAAAAGUAUACUCAAGACAAGAGAUGGGAUAUCGCGUUUAGCUCUCUAUCAAAAAUCAGUUGGCAGGUUUCCAGAUGCCAAUGGAGCUUUUCUUUACCCUAUGUAUGGUCAUGGGGAGUUAUCACAAGCCUUUUGCCGCCGUGCUGCUGUUAAAGGUUGUCUUCAAGUUCUGCGAAGGCCAGUGAUUUCUCUGCUUAUGGACAAGGAUAGUGGGCAAUAUAAGGGUGUUAGAUUAGUUUCAGGUCAGGAUUUGUUGAGUCAUCGGCUGGUUAUGGAUCCAACCUUCACGGUCCCACUGCCACCAGCUUCAUCUCCACCAGACCUUCCAAAAGAAAGUCUGAAAGGUGAUAAAAGAAAGGUGGCCAGGGGAAUAUGUAUUACAACAAGAUCCUUGAAGCCAGAUAUAUCAAACUUAUUGCUUGUGUAUCCUCCUAGAUCUUUGUUUUCUGAGCAGGACACUUCAGUCCGAGCUAUCCAGAUUCGUGGUGGAACAGAUGGUGGCGGUUUGGCUGUUUGUCCAUCGAGCAUGUUUGUGUUGUACUUUUCUGCUCUAUGUGAUGAUGCUGAACAAGGGAAAAGGUUGCUACAUGCGGCCAUGAAUGCUCUUCUCACACUUCCUGUUUCUGGAAAUCUUGAAAGUGGUUCCACAGUUCAAAGUGAAGACGCAGAACUAAAACCCACCUUACUUUGGAGCAUGCUAUACAUUCAGGAGAUCACAACGGGUCAAUAUGAACAUCUCAUCUCCACUCCCAUGCCAGAUGGAAAUCUCAACUAUGAUGAUCUGCUGGAUGAAACUGUUCUGCUCUUCCAGAAGAUGUAUCCAGACGAGGCAUUCUUUCCAGAGACACCUUCCUUGCCCGAGAAUCCAGAAGAGGAUAUUGAAGGGCUUAGUCUUGAAGACUGAUGGUGGUUUGCUGUACUCAAGUCAGUGUAUACAUUAUACAGUAUUCUCAAGAAUAUGCAAAUGUGACUUCUAGCAUCUUGUACUUAAAAAAAAAAAAAAAAAAAAAAAAAAAAUUAUGACAUAGCAUCUUGUACUUGUGCACUACAAACAAGAAAAAAUCGUCACCAUCCCUUCUUUUAUUUAUUUAUUUAUUAAUUUUUUUUUUUUGGG